ACUGCUUAAAUACAGACGUGGGCAGAGCCGGUGACAGUCUGGGGCAGAGCGUACUUGCAGCACUGACAGGAACCGUCCUGCGGUCGGACAGGGGCCAAUUAUGGCCACAGAGACAGAUGGCAACUGUGCCAUCUGCCAGGACACCUUGCAUGAUGUGGCUUCUACUCAGCCUUGUGGCCACCAUUUCUGCCGGGGCUGCAUCCUGCAGUGGAUACACACAAAUCCAUCCUGCCCGCUGUGCAGAGAAGCAAUAGAAACUGUCAGGUUUUCUGAUGAUGCCGGUGACUAUCUAGAGAUUGUCAUCACAGUCCCCGAGCAGCUGCCAGGGGCCAUGAGCCAGGCAGCGAGAGCUCCCGGCGGCCAGGAUGAGAACAGACCCCAUGGCUCUGUGCCGGCCCAUCCCUCUUCUCCUCAGGAGACAGCAGCCAGAGCUGUCAGCGGUGUCCUGCCCGAGGUCUGGGCAGAACUUUUCCGUCAACAACGGGAGCUUCUGGACCCUGUGCGGACUUGGCUGAACCAGAGGAUGGAGGCCAUCCAUAGGGAGCAGUGGUGGGUGGCAAGGAGCACACAGAUUGCCAUCCUUUAUGCUCUCUGUGUGUAUGGGCCAGACCAGGAGGUCCUGAUCCAGAGUUUGCAGGGCCUCCUGGAGGAACACACAGUGCCACUGGUCCAGGGCACCAUCGACAUCAUUGUGAGACACUGCAGCCCAGGGGCCCAGAGGCUGCUGCGCUCCCGUGCUGUUGCAGCAGAUAGCAGCCCAGCAGCCAGCAUCAGCUCGAGCUCCUCCAGUUCAAUCUUCUCCAGCUUCUCCAACCCCAGCUCCUACAGCCCCAACAGCCCCUGCUCCAGCUCUUGGACAUGGACUCCAGCCAGUAGCCCUGAAGUCCCCACAGAGGAAGAAGAGGAAGCUGCCACAAUGGAGGACACUCCCACCAGGAGUCAAAGCCACCCCCCAGUUGUGCUGGUGUCCCCAGAGCAGGACCAGCCCCAGGACGAGGCAGGUCCCUCUGUCCAGAGCACCAGCCCCAGACCCUCUGGUCCCAACCAAGGUGGGCACUGCUCACCUGGGCAGCCUGGGCAGUCCCUAAAGAGAAAGGCCCCAGAGCCUGAGGAUUCUCCCUGCCCCUGCAAGAGAUCGCCCCGCCAGUAGAACUAGCAAGGCUCCUUCAAUCCCUUAUUUAAGAAAAAAAAAAUAAAAAUAGUUGUUAUUU